CGUACGUGUACUACACUCGACGACUAUAGCGCCGUGGUCGUACGUGUUAGCUAGGUUGGCACGGUCGAGCAUGCGGAUCUCCGGCGGGCAAGCGCUGGGGGAGGAGGCGGCCGGCGUGGUGCGGCAAGCGGUGAGCUUGGCGAGGGUGAGGGGUCACGCGCAGGUGACACCACUGCACAUCGCCAGCGCCAUGCUUUCGGCGUCCACGGCAUGCACCCUCCGCGCCGCCUGCGUAAGGUCCCAGUCCCACCUGCUGCAGCACAACGCGCUCGACCUCUGCCUAGGCCUCGCGCUCGACGGCCUCGCCGAGGCAAGGCGAGCAACCGCCGCGAGCCGCCGAUGUGGCGACCACGUCGAGCUGGCGCCGUCGAACGCAUCCGUGGCCGCGCUGAAGCGGGCGCAGGCGCAGUGUCGCAGGGGCGCCGUGGGCGGCGACAAGGUCGAGCUCAAGCAGCUCAUCGUCUCCAUCCUCGACGACCCCAGCGUCGACCGCGUUAUGCGCGCUGCCGGCUUUUCGAGCUCCCAGGUCAGGGACACUGUCCUUUCUUUGGACGUCCCCACUUUACCUGAUCGGGUUUCCCAGAAGAUUAGGGCUGGAGGACAACCAUCUCUCCAGACCGUCCCGGAGCUUUACCUGCCAGUCGUCGCCGACGUCCCAGACGGAAGUGAGUGUCAAGCUAACAAAGCAAAAUCAGGAGCAAGGUGGCCGGCCCUUUUUGGCGGCACUGAGGUAGUCCCAACGACGGCGAGCCUUCCACCGUGGCUCCGCCGCUACAAAGAUACAACAUACUGCGGCAUCAGUCCUCAUGCAGACGCUACCUGCGGCCGGCCGAAGUUCACAGAGCUCACCGCCCAAAAUCUCAAGAUCCUGUGCGACGAGCUCGAGCGGAGCGUUCCGUGGCAUGGGAACAUCAUUCCCGGCAUAUGUAGCACGGUGCUCCGGUGCCGAUCUGGUGUGACGAGGAGGAGGACGGGGGACAAGUCGUCUAGCUCGUCCUCGUCGACGACAACCUGGCUGCUCUUCCGUGGAAGGGACGGUGGCGGCCAGACGGCGGUUGCUCGGGAGCUUGCUAGGCUCGUGUUUGGCUCCGACGCCGACUUCACUGCACUGCAGGGUAACCCCAACAAUCCUGCACGCUCCGGCAAGAGGCAACCAUCGCCGGAGAACGACGGUGGCAUCGGAGCGAGGCUGUUCGAAGCAAUCCUGGAGAACCCUCAUCGUGUUAUAUUAAUCGACGGUGUCGACCGACUGGAUCGCGAUUCCGAGAUUUGCAUCAAGGACGCGAUCGCGGGAGGAACAAUGGUGGGGGGAUGCAAUGGAGACGUGGUCGGUUUGGAGGAUGCCAUCGUAGUGCUGAGCUCUGCCGCGUUGGACUCCGCUUCCUCCCCACGGGUGAAGCGAAACCGCGAGGAAGGUGAUGCCACCGAGAUGGAAGUGAGAUCUCGUCGUCUUAACUGGGAUUUGAACGUUUGUGCAAUGUGUGGGGAAGAGGAGGACGACGGUUUGGCUGAUGCUGAGAGGAUCCUGAAUGACGUGGAUGGUGUUUUCCUUUUCAAUUAGCACAGAAAUUUUCCUUCAUUAUUCUCCCUCUGUUUCAAAUUACUUGUCGUAGAAAUGGAUGUAUUUAGAACUAAAAUACAUCUAGAUACAUCCAUACCUAUUAUAAGUAAUUCGGAACGGAGGGAGUACCAUUCUAGGUAUUUUGAACGAACUUUUUCGGUGAUUUUGAAUGAUCUUUAAUAUGGGCAGGAGGUGUUAGUCUGUUUCUCGGACGAAGUAUCGAAGUUUCAAUCCUAUAUGAGUUUUUUUCUAUUAUAAAAACUUUUUUAGGUAUGCUUACCAAAUAGUAUGUGUUUACCAAAUAAAAUCAUAUUUUUUUACACAAUCACACUAAUAUGGCCAGGUAAAUCAUGAGCAAACCAACUAAAAAACUAUGCCCCCAUCGCAAUGCACAUGCACUUAUCUAGUUUUUUUUUAAUUCACUUAUCUAGGUUUCUAAAAUAAAGAAAAGAACAUAGAUUACCAGCAGGUGACUUCGGUACGUGCGUUCUCAAAAGUUGAUCUCAACCAACCGUUUGUGGAUGGAUAGAUAUCUCACAACUGUAUUUAGCAUCAG